AUGGCUCAAAUUGAACAGGAAGAAACACAUAGCGAUCAGCGCACACAGUAUACAUUCCAAAAAAUUCAACCCAAAGCUGUAAGUGUUGCAGCUCCAAGUGAAUCAUCAUACCCUAAGUCUUCCAAACCAUCAUUAAUAUCUAACAUUAUGGCUGAAUUUGAACACGAAGAACACAGCAAUACUUCAAGCCUCUCAGAGAACAAUGAUGAUGACGAUAAUGAAUUUUAUACAAAUCUCAUUAGUGCGAUAAAUGAACGUAAUCCAUUAUGGGAUCAUCGGCUUCCUAUGGCAGAUCGUUAUGAGCCGAUAAAACAAAUGCUUUGGAAUGAGAUUUAUGUUGCACUGAAUGGUAUAUAUCCAAUAGAAAUUUUAAAGAAAAAAUGGAAAUACUUGAGGGAGAAAACUACAAGCAACAUUCCAUCAUUGACCGAGAAUAUCUCACAUGUAGACAAAGAAGACUUCAAUGGACAGAGCACUAAACCUACUAAAAGAUCAAAGUCUGACACUUUUGAAGAUUUGAUUUUGAAAGAAUUACGUGAGUCCAGACCUGUUGCUCCAUCUACCAAUUGCUCCAUCGAAGAAGACGGGGACUUACAUUAUUGUAAAUACUUAGCCUCACUGAUGAAGAAUAUUCCAAAAAAAAAAAAAAUAGCUUUGCAAUCAAAUCUCAUUUGCCAGGUAAUUAAUUGUUUGGAAGACUGA